AUGGCAUCCGAUUUUCAGUCUAUUCCGGUUAUCGACCUGGCUCUCGCCAAGUCCCCUGCCACGCGGCCCAUCCUUCUACAGCAGCUUCACCAUGCUCUGACUCGUGUCGGGUUUCUGUAUGUGUCCAAUCAUGACGUAUCACAAGAGGCUAUCUCGGACCUCAAACAGCUCCUCCCUCAGCUCUUCGAGCUCGAUCCAAGGAGCAAGGAUGAAGUGAACUUGCACAACUCUCCUCAUUUCCUGGGCUACAGCCAAGUGGGUUCGGAGACCACUGCAGGAGUGGAGGAUAAGCGAGAACAGUUUGAAUUUGCAACCGAGUUGCCCAAUACCUGGGAUGCGGACAAGCCUUUGUAUGAACGGUUGAAAGGACCUAAUCAGUGGCCAUCUCACGAUCCGGUGAUUCGUUCGGUGAUUCGCUCGGUGGUGGGAAGAUACAUCGAGGAGAUGACUCAACUCGGCGAACGAUUCCUCCAGCUCGUUGCCGAAGCCCUCGAGAUUCCCACCGACAAGCUGUUUUCGUUUCUUUCCGACCAGCAUCGCCUGAAACUGGUGCAUUAUCCGGCGUCGGAAUCCAUCGACCCCGUUGGACAGGGAGUGGGCCCCCACAAGGAUUCCUCGGGCUGGUGGACGUUCCUCUUGCAAGCGUCUCCACCCCACGUCAAGGGUCUGCAAGCACUCAAUAAGAACGGCGAAUGGAUCCAUGUUCCGGUCCUGCAAAACACAUUCGUGGUGAAUAUUGGGCAGGCCUUUGAAGUUGUCACCCAUGGGGUUUGCAAAGCAACCACUCAUCGCGUUCUCUCUGGACCUCUGGAGAGAUAUAGUGUACCUUUUUUUCAAGGGGUCCGCAGAAAUCUCACCAAAGAGGAGGCAUGGGAGACCCUCCAGGAGUAUUUUAUUGCCGAGAGCACCUCCCCGGCGCUGGAUGCGGGGGCACAUAUCGAUUCGGCAUUUUUACGCGGAAAGUAUGAUACCUGGGGAGAGUCACAGUUACGAACGAAGAUUCGGAGUCACCAGGAUGUGGGUCACAAAUUCUACGCGGAGGUCUUGGAUCAGUAUGUGAAUGAUGAUGUGUGA